ACACUGUCAUUCCCGUAGAAGACAUAUUUCCCAAUAUGUUGCAAGGCGUAACUGAUCUAGUACUCCGGGGUUACCGUCUUUACAUUGCAUCAAACCGUCGUUGCGUUCGAGUUAUAGAUUUGUCUGGAGAUGAAGGUUUUGAGGAUGUCACCGGGAGUAACCCAAAGCCAAUGUUAUCUCCUCUCGGAGAAAAUGAUUCUUUUAACAUUGUGGUUACGACAGCAGGAGAGGCUUUGUUGGUGGAGAGCACAACCUUUGAAAACCAGAGAACCUUCCGCAUCUACAAGAAGGAUCCUAAUGCUGACCCUGAGGACCAAAUGCCCCAUCUUGUUGAGGUAGAUUCUCUUGGUGAUGAGGCCCUGCUUCUCGACUUGGGUAUUACUGUGCCUGCUAACCAUGCCCUUGGUAUCCAACCAAACACUAUCUAUUUCACACGUCAUAACCGUGUCCGUUACCGCGUGUCUUUUGAUCUGGAAAUCUGUGUGUUCAAUGUUGCAACCAAGACCAUCAUCAAACACUUACCUCAUCUUGCCAACUUGAAACCCAGGGAUGCUCUAUGGUUUCUCCCUAUGACUUGAUUCAUGAUUUUUGAUGUUCUUGAUUCCUUUUAGUUCUAUAUAUAGUCGUCUUUUUGCGUUUUGUUUGAUUCUAUUCAUUAAUUGGUUCUUGCACGUAGUGAUUUAGAAAAGAUAUAUAAUUCGAUUGUGUGUCCUCAACUACAUGUACUAGUGAAUAGAGGUGAUAAGUCUUG